AUGGUUGCUUCCACUUCUUUGAAUGUACUUCCUGAUGAUCCUACAGCAUAUAAAACACAAGAAUAUUGGGAGCAACGAUAUCAACAGGAAGGCGUCAGCACAACCUUUGACUGGUUCAAGACAUAUGCUGAUUUAAAGCCUUUUAUAAAUGAGGCAAUCCCUAAUAAAGGUUCCAAGAUAUUAAUGCUUGGAUGUGGAAACUCUACCUUAGGAGAAGAUAUGUAUGCAGAUGGAUACAAGUAUAUUACCAAUAUAGACUACUCUAAAACCGUAAUUGAAAAUAUGAAAGCACGAUGUGCUGAUAAACCAGAAAUGGAGUGGUUAGAGAUGGAUAUUCGAGAUUUAAAAUUUGAAAAUGAAUCAUUUGAUGCCGUAAUUGAUAAAGGCACAAUGGAUGCUUUAAUGUGUGAUCGAGGCGACGUCUGGGAUCCUUCAGAAGAACUGAUUAAGGAUGUCAAGGGAGAGGUCGAUGAAGUUGAACGUGUUUUGAAAGUAGGAGGAAUCUUUCUAUACAUCACUUUUGGCCAACCUCAUUUCCGUAAACGGCACUUACAAAGAGAUUGCUGGACAAUAGAUAUCAAAACAAUGGGUGAUGCUUUUCAUUACUUCUUUUACACCAUGUCAAAAAAUAAACCAUGCACAAAUGUGGCUUAG